GAGAAUGAGAAUGAGAAUGAAAAUGAAAAUGGAGGGUGAAAUAGGGUGGUGUUUAAUUCGCGGGCAACAAAUUCGAUUGGCAGAAAAGCAAGUGAGGGUUACGCCCACGGAUAAAACGGCUGUCCCAACCACCAGAAGCACCAUAAGCACAAGAAGCACAGCAUUGGUUGAGCACAACGGUGUUGGUACUGGAACUGGUCCACCAGGUUUCGCGGGGGCGGUACACCACGUCGAGGUCGCGGGGUUUUCGCUACUGGUGACUACCAACUCAUAAUCAGUGCCGUUUACGCGACUGAACCGGCCACAACAGUAAUACAUUUAUCGCUAAUUAUACAAAUAUACAUACAUAAUUAUAAUUAUAUUAUAUCGAUUUAUCCAUCACAUUAUACUAAUUUAAUCAACAAUACACCUUUACAUAUUGUAUUUACCAUGUAUUAUCUAUAUAUUUUAACAGUGUUUAAUAAUAAUAACAAAUAACGAUAAACUACUCCUUCAUACACUACUAGUUGUAAUAAAUUUUUCACGAAUGCCACCAGAUAGAGGUUAAUAAUAAUAAUAAUAAAAUUAAAAGUUGAUAAAAAAAAAAAAAGAAAAUUAACCUGUGGUAUGAGUGUUAAUAAACCCGAAACAAAUGUCUAUCAGGAUGAUACUACCGUAAAUAUUAGUAAUACAAGUGAUAAUAAUGGUGAUAAUAAUGAUGAUUGUUGUGAUGAUGCUCUUGGCAGUGGUCUCGGAUGUGCCAGUGCAAGUGGAUGUGUUGAAUCAGUAACAUCAGUAACAUCAGUCUAUGGUUGUUCUGGUUCAAUUGUUGAUGGUGCAAUAGUUGAUGGUGUAAGUUGUGGCAUUAUUGGUGUAAGUAUUUCAGAAAACAGUGAAAUGGCAAGUGGAGCUACUUCUGCUACUGUGUCUAAUCCAAAACCUCGCAGUGGUAAAAUAAAUUUUAGUGUUGACGCGUUGUUGAGUGGUACUAAAAAAUCAUCUGUUAACAGAAAAAAUGUUUGUAACAGUGAUGAUAAUGAUAAUAAUUUAUCUUCUAUCGAAGUAUCUGAUAAAAAUUUCACUAAUCAACAAUUACUGCUCCAUAAUCAGGACGAGGCUCGAAGAUAUAGGGAUUUACUUAUUAUAGAACAGGAACGUCAAAGAAGUUUACAAAGCCGUCAAUUACUCGCUCGUUUGAGUCCUUUAACCCAACACAAUAAUAUUUCUGGAUUUUCUACUUUUCAUCACCAUCAUCAUCAUCAACAACAACAACAACAACAACAUCAUCAUCAUCACCACCAACAAAAUACUACUACUAAUAAUAAUAAUAAUAAUAAUAAUAAUAAUAACAAUAGUAGAAGUAGCAGUGACAAUAAUCAUUACCAUAAUAAUGUUAAUAAUUCUUGUGGAUCAGAUUUGGCUGUUGUAACAUCUAGAUCAAAUAAUAUUGUUAAAGAUUUUUCAUCAUCAAAGUGCAGAGAUACAGUAGUAGUAAACCAAGAUUGUUGUUCAUCUCCCGUCGGUACCACUAGCAGUGGUGAUAGUGCUGCUGCUGCUAUUAAUACUUCUGUUUCUGCUAUUAUUCGAAUGACAACUGCAGCUACAGACGAACGAUUAUCCAUUGGAAAUGAUAAUUUUAAUAAUUAUGAAACUGAAAAGCAAUCACACAUUAGUGUUGAUUGUAACAAUCAUAAUCAUAAUAAAGAAUUUAGUGAGGACGAUGAUAACGAUAGGGAAGGAGAAGAUCAGGAGGAAGAUGAUAAAGAUGAUGAAAGAAGAAGAAGAACAAAAAGAAGAAAAAGAAGAGACUCUCCGAGUUUGGGAGUUCGUUUAGAAGCAGAUAUAUCAGAGAAAAGUGACUCGGAAGCACCACAAUCAUUGGUUGAAGAUAGAGAAGAAAAAGAAGAUAAUUCUGGUGAGAAUGAUUUGGUGAUAAACAAUUCGAUAAAUGACAGACUGAUGGAGACUCAUCAGUGCCCCAGUCCAGGAUCAAGAUCUGAGGAUCUCAAUGUUAUGGAUUCAGAUGAUCCUGAUGAUAUGUUAGAUCAUGAUCAUUUAAUAAAUCACAAUAAUUAUAAUCACAAUAAUGAAAAUGAGCUGGAUAAUGAUAAUGAUAAUGACAAUGAUAAAGAAAUUGAGCUACACGAUGAGGAAGAUGACGAGGAGGAGGAAGAGGGGGAUGAUGAGGGGGAUAAUAAUAAGCGUAUUAUAAAAAAAGAAAAAUCAACACCAGUGGUGCCACAACCAAUUCAUCCUGGCGUUCAAAGACAAUCUGGUAUUACAAGUGCUGUAGCAGCAGCUGCGGCAGCAGCAGCCGCGGCAACAGGAUCUUACUUGGGAACUCCACCAACAGCAUCCGGAUGGUCACCCGCGGGAUUUCCGCAUUCCCUCGCCAGUUUCGCGUGGCUACCCCCACCUCCACAUCCUCAUAAUCCGCAUGGACAUCUGUACACGCCCCAAGGUGGACCCACUAGUCCAAACGGAGAUCUGAGAUUACCAGGACCUGGACCGGGACCGGUAAGAUGUACCUUGAGGAAACACAAACCAAAUCGAAAGCCAAGAACUCCGUUUACCACCCAACAACUUUUAUCUCUUGAAAAAAAGUUUAGAGAAAAGCAGUAUCUGACAAUUGCCGAGAGAGCUGAAUUUUCAUCAUCACUCCAUUUAACUGAAACACAGGUAAAAAUAUGGUUUCAAAAUCGGCGGGCUAAAGCGAAACGACUGCAAGAGGCGGAAAUAGAAAAGCUGAGAUUAUCCGCAAGACCAUUAUUACAUCCAAGUUUUAGCACGGGUCUGAUGUUCUCAGCUGGAGUCGGUCCACCCGGCACUCCCGGUGGUGUACCACCCUUUAUCGCAGCAGCAAUGGCCAGACACAGCCACGCAGCCGCGGCAACAGCUGCCAUGUUCAUGACUCCGCCUGGACAUCGACCUUGAAUAAUAAUCAUAAUAAUAAUUAUUAUUCUUCGCCUAUCAUUUAUCAAUAUUAAUUCAUACCCAUCAUCAUCAUCAUCAUCAUCAUCAC